CUGGGAAGAGGGGUGGCGCUAGCCCACAGAGCGUCAACCAUAAACAUACGGCACACACACACACACACACACACACACACACACACACGGAGGCUGGCAGCGUCCUCCCCGCUGAGAUGGGCGUGGGGCCGAGCGCUUGGCCCACGGUCCCCAGAAGGUUCCCCCAAAGCCCGCCACAGCAGCCGGGCUCAGCGCUCGGAGCCCGCGGAGGACCCGCGUCCGCGGAAACUGGUGUCACUCGGGCCCGCUCUAAGUGAGCCGCGCUGGCGUCAUUCAUUCGCAGUGUCCGGAGCGUCCUUCCAGCUGCAAGCGGGGCUUCGCCGCAGGUGCCAGUGGCCCCGACGCGGAGCGUUACCGCGCGGUGACCUCGAGGGCGCGGAGCGGCUAGAGACUGAGGAGAUCUGGAGCUCGGCUAGGUGCUGCUGUAGCAGCCGAGCCCCAGCCCAGCUCGGCGCUCGCCGCGGGGCCGUGUCGGCUGCAGGCUCCCGCAGCCCUGCUCGCCGCCGCCGAUCCGGAUCCCGGGACUGAGCGCCACCACUUCCUCCUCCUCCCGCUCUUCUUCCUCCUCCUCCUCCUCCUCCUCCUCCCGCUCCUCGCGCCGCCGUGGGCCGGAGCCGGGCUGCGGGGCGGCGGGCCUGGGCGUCUGCGGCCGCGGGCUCGCGGGGGGCGGCGCCGCCGCGGGGAGGAUGCUGCUCGCCGCACCCGCGUCCUCGCCGUCCUCCCCGGCCGCCCGCGGGGGCUUUGUUGUGGCCCGGGCUCCGCGGACCGCCGCCUGGUGAAGUCGCUCUUCGCCGCCGCACCUAGCGAGCGGGAGGGCGCGCGUGUGCCCGGGAGUGCGCGCCUGUGCGCGCCGGUGUGUGCAGGACCUGACCCUCGGGCCCAUUGUGCGUCCGCCCGCGGCGCCCGGGAACAUGUGGGUGAACCCCGAAGAGGUGCUGCUGGCCAACGCGCUGUGGAUCACGGAGAGGGCCAACCCCUACUUCAUCCUGCAGCGGAGGAAGGGGCACGCGGGCGAUGGAGGCGGCGGCGGCGGACUAGCGGGCCUUCUCGUGGGUACCCUUGAUGUCGUGCUGGACUCCAGUGCCCGGGUGGCUCCUUACCGAAUCCUGUACCAGACUCCUGACUCUUUGGUCUAUUGGACCAUCGCCUGUGGUGGUUCCAGAAAAGAAAUCACCGAACACUGGGAAUGGCUUGAGCAGAAUCUGCUGCAGACACUCUCCAUCUUUGAAAACGAGAAUGAUAUCACCACAUUUGUGAGAGGAAAAAUACAGGGCAUCAUUGCAGAGUAUAACAAGAUCAACGAUGUGAAGGAAGAUGAUGACACGGAGAAGUUUAAAGAAGCCAUCGUGAAAUUCCACAGGCUGUUUGGGAUGCCUGAGGAAGAGAAGCUCGUCAACUAUUAUUCUUGUAGCUACUGGAAGGGGAAGGUCCCCCGUCAGGGUUGGAUGUACCUCAGUAUUAACCACCUUUGCUUUUACUCUUUCCUUAUGGGAAGGGAAGCCAAGCUGGUAAUCCGGUGGGUGGACAUCACACAGCUUGAGAAGAAUGCCACGCUGCUUCUCCCUGAUGUGAUCAAAGUGAGCACGAGGUCCAGCGAACAUUUCUUCUCUGUAUUUCUCAACAUCAAUGAGACUUUCAAGUUAAUGGAGCAGCUUGCCAACAUAGCCAUGAGGCAACUUUUAGACAACGAGGGAUUUGAACAAGAUAGAUCCCUGCCCAAACUGAAAAAGAAGUCUCCUAAAAAAGUGUCGGCUCUAAAACGCGAUCUUGAUGCCAGGGCAAAGAGUGAGAGAUACCGUGCACUUUUCCGACUGCCGAAAGAUGAAAAACUAGACGGCCACACAGACUGCACCCUCUGGACUCCAUUCAACAAAAUGCACAUUUUGGGGCAGAUGUUUGUGUCCACAAAUUACAUCUGCUUUACCAGCAAGGAGGAGAACCUGUGUAGCCUCAUCAUCCCACUCCGUGAGGUGACAAUUGUGGAAAAGGCAGACAGCUCCAGCGUACUCCCCAGCCCUUUAUCCAUCAGCACCAGGAACAGGAUGACCUUCCUAUUUGCCAAUUUGAAAGAUAGAGACUUUCUAGUGCAGAGGAUCUCUGAUUUCCUGCAACAGACGACCUCCAAAAUCUACUCGGACAAAGAGUUUGCAGGCAGCUACAACAGUUCAGAUGACGAGGUGUAUUCUCGGCCCAGCAGCCUUGUCUCCUCCAGCCCUCAGAGAAGCACGAGCUCCGAGGCCGAUGGAGAGCGCCAGUUCAACCUGAACGGCAACAGCGUUCCCACAGCCACGCAGACCCUGAUGACCAUGUAUCGGCGGCGGUCCCCCGAGGAAUUCAACCCAAAGUUGGCCAAAGAAUUUUUGAAGGAGCAAGCUUGGAAGAUUCACUUUGCCGAGUAUGGGCAAGGGAUCUGCAUGUACCGCACAGAAAAGACCCGGGAGCUGGUGUUGAAGGGCAUCCCGGAGAGCAUGCGGGGGGACCUCUGGCUGCUACUGUCAGGUGCAAUCAAUGAGAAGGCCACACACCCUGGGUACUAUGAAGAUCUAGUGGAGAAGUCCAUGGGCAAGUAUAAUCUCGCCACGGAGGAGAUCGAGAGGGAUUUACACCGCUCCCUUCCAGAACAUCCAGCUUUCCAGAAUGAGAUGGGCAUUGCUGCUCUACGGAGAGUCUUAACAGCUUACGCUUUUCGAAAUCCUAAUAUAGGAUAUUGCCAGGCCAUGAAUAUUGUCACAUCAGUGCUGCUGCUUUAUGCCAAAGAGGAGGAAGCUUUCUGGCUGCUAGUGGCUUUGUGUGAACGCAUGCUUCCCGAUUACUACAACACCAGAGUUGUUGGCGCGCUGGUCGACCAGGGUGUCUUCGAGGAACUGGCGCGAGACUAUGUCCCGCAGCUCUACGACUGCAUGCAGGACCUGGGCGUGAUUUCUACCAUCUCCCUGUCUUGGUUCCUCACGCUCUUUCUCAGCGUGAUGCCCUUUGAGAGUGCGGUUGUGGUUGUGGACUGUUUCUUCUAUGAAGGAAUCAAGGUGAUAUUCCAGUUGGCCCUGGCCGUGCUGGAUGCAAAUGUGGACAAACUGUUGAGCUGCAAGGACGACGGGGAGGCCAUGACCGUUUUGGGAAGGUAUUUAGACAGUGUGACCAAUAAAGACAGCACUCUGCCUCCCAUCCCUCACCUCCACUCCCUGCUCAGUGAUGACGUGGAACCCUACCCUGAAGUAGACAUCUUCAGACUCAUCAGAACUUCCUAUGAGAAAUUUGGAACCAUCCGGGCAGACUUGAUUGAGCAGAUGAGAUUCAAACAGAGACUAAAGGUGAUCCAGACACUGGAGGAUACUACGAAACGGAAUGUGGUCCGAACAAUUGUGACAGAAACUUCCUUUACCAUUGAUGAGCUAGAAGAACUUUAUGCUCUUUUCAAGGCAGAGCAUCUAACCAGCUGCUACUGGGGUGGGAGCAGCAAUGCUCUGGACCGGCACGACCCCAGCCUGCCUUACCUGGAACAGUAUCGCAUUGACUUUGAGCAGUUCAAGGGGAUGUUUGCUCUUCUCUUUCCCUGGGCCUGUGGAACUCACUCUGAAGUAUUGGCCUCCCGCCUUUUCCAGUUGUUGGAUGAAAAUGGAGAUUCUCUGAUUAACUUCCGAGAGUUUGUCUCCGGCCUAAGUGCUGCAUGCCAUGGGGACCUCACAGAGAAACUCAAACUCCUGUACAAAAUGCAUGUCUUGCCUGAGCCAUCCUCUGAUCAAGAUGAGCCAGAUUCUGCUUUUGAAGCAACUCAAUACUUCUUUGAAGACAUCACCCCAGAAUGCACACAUGUGGUGGGGCUGGAUAGCAGGAGGAAACACGGUGCGGAGGAUGGCUUUGUGACAGUGAGUCUGCAGCCAGACAGAGGUAUACAUCUCCUCUUCCACAUGUUUGACUCAUGCUGGGUGAACACUUGUUUCUGGCCCUUUGAACACUUACUUCCUGACAUUUGGGUUUUAGGGAAGAGGGCAAAUUCUCAAGAAAAUCGCAAUUAUCUAAGACUCUGGACUCCGGAAAAUAAAUCCAAAUCAAAGAAUGCAAAGGAUUUACCCAAAUUGAAUCAGGGGCAGUUUAUUGAGCUGUGCAAGACCAUGUAUAACAUGUUCAGCGAAGACCCCAACGAGCAGGAGCUGUACCACGCCACGGCUGCGGUGACCAGCCUCCUCCUGGAGAUCGGGGAAGUCGGCAAGCUCUUUGUCACCCAGCCUGCCAAGGAGGGCGGGAGCGGGGGCAGCGGGCCCGCCUGCAACGCGGCCAUCCCGGGCGCGCUCUUCCCCAAGAAAGGGCCCGGCCAGUCUUACGUGGUGGAGGCCGUUGAGCCCCUCCCGGCCGGCUUGGCGGUGGAGGGUGAGGAACACUCCCUGGGAGGGCAGUUGGAGGACAUCAAACUGGAGGACUCCUCUCCCCGGGACCACGGGGCCUGCUCCUCCAUGCUGAUUUCCGAUGACGACACCAAGGACGACAGCUCCAUGUCCUCGUACUCGGUGCUGAGCGCCGGCUCCCACGAGGAGGACAAGUUGCACUGUGAGGACAUCGGGGAGGACACCGUCCUGGUGCGCAGCGGCCAGGGCACGGCGGCCCUGCCCCGGAGCACCAGCCUGGACCGGGACUGGGCCAUCACCUUCGAGCAGUUCCUGGCCUCCCUCCUGACUGAGCCGGCCCUGGUGAAGUACUUUGACAAGCCCGUGUGCAUGAUGGCCAGGAUCACCAGUGCAAAAAACAUCCGGAUGAUGGGCAAGCCCCUCACUUCGGCCAGUGACUAUGAGAUCUCCGCCAUGUCAGGCUGACCCCUGCGCCUUCUCUGGGGACCGGGAGGGGAGGGAGGGUUUUUUUUUUUAAUGUUCCGUGUUGGGCUUUCUUUCUUCCUUUUAAAUUAAAUAUUUAUUAGUACCCGGCUUGAAGCCUAGUGUUUUCAUAAUAUAAUACAAUGAAAACUACAAUGAAAACUGUUGGAGAAAUAUUUAAACACCUCGACGUAGGUACAGUACACUGUCUUGGGGGAGGGGAUUGAACAGAAUACAGUUAAUUCAGUGAAUUCCAAAAAAGAUUAAUCUGUCCGUGAUAUGUGUGUAUUUUAACUUCUUAAUCUUGCUGUUGAGCUGUGUACAUGGUUAAAAAAUAGUGCUGUUUAACGCUAAAUAAGGCAGCAACCUUUUGUGUAUUUGGGCUUUUUAGAUAAAACUAGAGCCGUCAGGAAAAUGAAAUGCCACAAACACAAAAAUGUUCCUAAAGGAAAAGGCAUUGUUGGCGGGGGUAAAUCCUAUACCAUUUUAGGUGGAGGGUGCAUUAGAAAUAUUUUUUAAGAUUUGAAAUAUAUUUCAUAAAAGUCCUCUAUUCAGAAAUCAUAUUCAACAGAUGUUUCCUUUCAAGGGGAAAAUAUUUGAGGCUCUAAACAAUUAUGAAUUUUCACAUGAUGCCAGAAUAACACUUCUAGUUGAUCAAUUUGGACCAAUACUAGAUCAACUUUGCAUUAAAAAAACUGUUGUGAUUAUUUAAGUCAGCUGGCCAGAAUUCAGGGAAAAUGAACAGUCUUUUGUUACAGAGAAUCUGAAAAUGACAACAAAGAUAACCGAGGGCUCAGGAUUUUUUUUUUUUUUUUUUUUAAAGAGUAAAAGUACUGAUGCUUCUGAUACUGGAUCUUCAGCUUCUUGUUACUCAUUGCAAAUAAAGCAAAAACUAAAACCGAUAAACUUUACCAUUGCUAUACUGUGCAUAGAUUCAAGAAAUUAAACUAUGUAUCUUCUAUGACCAUCUUUCCCGUUAAAUCGAUGUCAAGUAGAGAUCAUGUAAACUAAAAAACAAAAUCUGCAAGAUAACGUACCUGAAUGUUUUAAAGCAGAACUUGUCACUUUAUUAAAAGAAUAGUAUGCUCUAUCUAUUUCCUGAAUGGAUGUGGAAAUGAAAACUAGCACACCUGCACUUUGGAUUCUUCCUUUUUUUUUUUUUUUUUUUUUUUUUUUAUUACUCUUAUAGUUUUGCCUUUUACAGAUGUUGAAGGUUUUUUCUCCUUAUUGUUGACUUCAUCAUCGCGGUCACAUUUUCUUUGCUGAUUCAGAAUGUCCCUUUUGACACAUUCCUUUAUUAUGCAUUGUGGUUUUUUUUUUGAGCUGUUGCUGCUGUUUCUUAUUUUGUUUACAGAAUGAUUUUUAAACUGUCAAAUGAAGUAGUGUUAACCUCAAGUAGGACAAAUGUGAACAAAUAAAAUACAUCAGAUAUUC